UGAAAGAAGAAAUGAUAAGCGAUACUUUAUUGCUUGUGUCUAUAAUAGGUGCAGCAUCUAUUUUAGUAGUGAUUGGGAUAUACUGUAUAUGGAGAAAACUAAAGAUUAGAACCAUUGAUAAUUUGAAUAAUAAACCUAUGCCUAAAGCAUAUGUUGAAAUUCCUGACAAAACUGAUAGGUAAGUGAGGCCUCCUACAAAUCCAUAAUAAUGUUCUCCAAAAGGGGAUGAAGAUAGUAUAGCAAUAAAAAGAAAAGUUAAGAAUUUUUCAUCUGCAGUGGUAAACAAGAAGAAAAAUCUCACAAUAAAAAUACCAACUAAAGAAGAAAGUUGAUUGAGC